CUAGCAACUAGCGUUUGUUGUUAAACAAACCUUCGAGCUCCUGUUAGCUCAGUAGCUAACGUUAGCCAGGUGCACUUUAGUUAAAUCCUUCGACGGUUUUUAGACCUUCAAAAUGUCCGAGGUCGUGCAUCCACCAGAAAGCGUCUACAACCUUAUUCCCAGGGAAGAGGUCCAUACUCAAAAACCACCGAGGUAUAUGUCCAAGCAUAGGCCAACAGUUGUUCUUGAGAAAAAGUCAACCAAGGAUGCAAUGAGGACGAUGGGACCAGCAAAAGUAGAGGCGCCGUCCCCAGACAAAUACCUCAAGAAGCACUCAAAAGAGCCCAAAUUACCCGAAAUGACACAGUGUUUGAAAGAGUUUCGUACCACCUGCACUGUGAAGAAACCACCUGUUCCUGCGAGGACAGACAUCCCACCUAUGGGCAUUCACACCAAGAGAGACUUCAUAAAGACAGCUACUGCAGUCCCAAUGAAGCCCCAGCCUGUCUGUGUAGACACCAGCAAGGGACACAAGCAGCUCCUUGAGAAUUCAGGACUUCUCCCCAAGUACAUUAAAAAAAAGCAUUAUGGAGAAGUACCUGACUACCUGCUGCAGCGCAAUGAAGAAGAGCAGAGAGCUCAGGAGGAGUAUGACAACUUUGUGAGAGAACAGCGGGAGAAGGGAGCCAUGAAACACCUGUCUGACGAGGAGCGACAAACCAUCCUGGAGGGCCUGAAGAAGAACUGGGAUCAGCUGCACCGGGAGUACCAGGGCCUCUCACUCGUCACAGACACCAUUUCGAAGAAGUUCCACAAGGAGCGUCUCGAGGUGGCGAUGAAGCAGCUGGAGAGCGACAUCGGCCACUUUGAGAGAUUCAAGACCAUCUACAUACCCACUAACUAGGACAUAAAAAAAACUCUUACCUAAUCAGAUGUACUGUACUGUAUGUCUUCAGACCAUGACCCUUACUUUAAAUAUCACAUGGGCUUGAGUAAAAUAAGUAUGUGAAUUCAUACAAAAUCUAAUGGCAGUAGUUGAGAUAUUUCACUGUGGACUAAUGCUGUUAUUAGGUCUACCACUAGUAGUGCACAAAAUGCUUUCGAAGUGAUGUACUCUCUCUAAAAUAUUAUGUAAUUUUAAAGGAAAAUUUGGAAUGUAAGGGUUUUUUGAGUAGAGCCUCUGCCUUUUAGAGAUAUUCACUUUUUGCCCCAGAUAAUGACAAACAAUUACUUCUUUUUAUUCCUCCCUUGCUUUUUUAUCAUUUCAUCUUCCUCUCUUGUGGCCCUGUGCAGGCUCUAAGAGUAUCCUUUAAAAUCAAUUUCACACUGACUCAAUAAAAGUUACCGCAGCAAAACUGAA